AUCUAAUAGAGAAAGUGGAGAAGGGAAAAAAUUCCUUAUGCAAGUGCACAUGAGACCCUUGAUUUCUAAUAGAAAUUGUUUAUUGAUUGUUGAAUUUUUUUAAGUGGAUUCAUGGACCUCUGUAAUUUGGACAUGUGUUGGUGCCCUUUUGUAAGUUUAUUGCUGCCAAAAAAAUUUCAGUGAUGGCACGUCUUAGUUUGUCAAAAAAGAAAAUGAAAAGGAGCAAAUUGGCAAUGGCUAUGCAGUGGUGGUUGUACAUUCUACAUUUACUUGGGUUAUUCAUGGAAUUAGCAUAUAGGAUGGUUGAAAGACAAUGCAUGCAUGGGGUUAGAUCUAGGUAUCGGUUAGAUUUCUAUGAUAAUAGAGAUGUAAUUGAAAAAUGGGUGUAUAAAAGUGAUAGUAAAUGUAUGAAUGAUUUUAGAAUGCCUAGGCGGCCAUUUUUGAAGUUGUGCCACUUGCUUAGUACAAUCGGGAAGCUAAAGCCAACCAGACACAUGUUAGUUGAUGAGCAAGUGGCAAUUUUUUUGCAUAUCCUUGCUCAUCAUAUAAAAAACAGGACCCUUCAGAAUAAUUUCCAUCGCUCGGCAGAGGCAAUUAGUAGGUCUUUCAGAAAAGUUUUGGUUGCGGUUAUUAGGCUACAAGGGCAUUUAUACAAGACACCUGAACCAAUACCGCAGAACUCCACUGAUGAGAGAUGGAAGUGGUUUAAGGGAUGUCUAGGGGCGUUAGAUGGAACACACAUACCUGUCCAAGUGCCGGCUGUUGAUAGGCCUAGGUAUAGAAACAGAAAAGGUCAAAUUGCUACGAAUGUCUUGGCAGCGUGUACCCCAAACCUUCAAUUCACUUAUGUGUUACCUGGUUGGGAGGGAUCAGCAGCGGAUGGACGGGUGUUACGAGAUGCAAUUAAUAGAACCCAUGGUCUAGUUGUUCCACGUGGUAAGACACCAUGACACCAAAAACAAUUGGACUUUUGUUUUUGAGGUCAUAGAUCACUGACAUAAUUAAACUCUAUUCAUUUGUAAAGGUACAUACUAUUUGGUUGAUGCGGGGUAUACCAAUGGUGAAGGAUUUCUUGCACCGUAUAGAGGUCAACGAUACCAUUUGAAUGACUGGAAGGAUGGACGUCAACCUACAACUCGGGAGGAAUAUUUCAAUAUGAAGCAUUCAAGUGCUCGAAAUGUGAUAGAAAGGGCCUUUGCGAUAUUGAAAAAGCGAUGGGCAAUU